AAAUGUCUUCUCGAGCUCCUCUGAGUCAUUAGUAUCGACAAUACCCGGUUCUGGGUCCAUACACUAAGCACUCGACGCUACAUAUCUGCGUCAAUUCUAUGCAGACGUCCUAAACUCUUGACAAAAUCUCGAAUACACAGCACGGAGAGACGCUCAGGGACUGUAACCAACCUUCGCCACAGUAACGAACUUCUGCAACUAGUCGAAUGCAUCGAAUUGAGAGAACAUUGAGCCCAUUCAUAAAGAGGAGCGACCUCUUCUAUCUUUAGAGUGCAAGCGUCUUUGUUCUGCUACUUGGUCUUCUGAUUCAAAUUACAUUGGUCGGUGCUCAUGGCACUUCGGCGGUACACAGUGUCAAUCGAUGGUACCAUUCCAGUCUCCGCACUCCUCUAUGGCGAUGAAGAACUUCUGGCAUCCCAGGAUGGCGUAGGUAUCUAUGAUGGUCUACAGAAAGCUCCCAACCACCAGUUAGGUUCUGUUCACGCCUCAACGCAUCGCCUAUUCUUCGUUCAUUCACAGAACCCUGCACUGUUUUCUUUCACUAUGGAUCUUCUCCACGUGUUACGGACGACUUACUACACCGGUCUGUUCAAGUCUUCGCCGAAGGUCUCACUCUUCCUGGACGCCGAUACUGCUUUAACUUUGAACACAACAUCCGGGCAUGGAGCAGAAGUAUCCGAGAGCUGGGAGUGCGAAGUUUGCAGCCAUCGCAAUCCUCCAGGUUUGAGCCCAACCGCAGCUCGAAUAUGUGCUUUAUGUGGUGUGCCGCGCAGCGCAUUUGCAGGCUCAACGGCGUCGGAGCCAUCCUCUCACAGUAAAUCCUCGUUCCCUUUCCUUUCCGACUCUCCAUAUACUUCUCUAUCUUCCUCGAGUUCUCCAGGACCUUUAUCACCUCCAUCAACGAAUGAUAAUUCCGAUGGAAUCACUUGUCCUGCAUGUACCUUCCUUAAUCACCCAUCUUUGCGUGCCUGCGAAAUAUGCACGACACCACUUCCCAAUAUUGAUCACGCUGGGAAUACGAGGGGGGCAAAGUCUGCCCCCCCAUCUAGACCAGUUUCACCCGUAGGAGACAGUCUCGAUCCUGCAAAUCUCCUCAUCAAAUUAAGCUUCCGCAAGGGCGGCGACAAAUUAUUUUACAACGUGCUCAGGCGCGCACUUAAAUCUCAGACUUGGGAGGGCAAGCGGAUUGGUCAGACCGCGAGGAGCGGGGCUUCUAGCCUUUCCGCUCCAAGCUCUAAUUAUGGGCCAACGCCUAUUGCCAUGCGUCGCUCUGGAAUAGACGGAAUCUUGCGUAACGUAGAAGAAUCAGCCCAGAAUACAAACACGGAUCUGAACGAUGCCCUGAAAGACUUAGAAGCGUUAAUGAUGAAAGCAAAGAGUCUUGUUCACCUUGCGGGGGAGCUAAACGAGAAACUCACUGCAUCUUCUACGACAAUCACCACUUCAACGCUUACUUCUCCUUUUUUGAUGGUUUCUUCCCCAUCAGCGCCAGGCACUCAACCACCGAGUUUAUUUUCAACAACCACGCUUGUCCCCUCGACUGAGCCCGAAUCAGCCAAAUUUAUACGCUCUUCACUUGCGCAACUAGGUUUACAAAUGUCUAAUGCUCCCGUCACGCUGGAUAUGAUCAGGGACGAACGAAGAUGGAUAGAGGAACUGGCGCGGGAACUGGCGGGAGUGUUGCAAGGGUCACCCGACGAUAUUCCCGGACAGAAAUCGAUCGGAAUGAUGAAAGAACGGGGGAUUAUUGGGCUGGAUGAGGUUUGGGGCGGGUGGAAUCGCGCUCGCGGCGUAGCUUUAAUUCCACCAUCGACUUUUCUACAAGUAUUACCCCAGCUGCCAGCAUAUACGUCACCACCUAUCCGCAGUAGAGUGUUCAAAUCAGGUUUAUCUGUCCUACACACUCCGCCGUACACGCAUGCUUCUUUCACCGCCCGAAUGAUAGGCUAUCUUGCCAUGUCUGGUGCGAUGACGACAAGCCACGUCGCCCACGAGGAAAAUAUCACGAUCGGACUUGCAGAUGAAAUGAUCGCUGCCGUUGAAGCUGAUGGUGUGAUUUGCCGAGAUGAUGAAAGAUCGGCAAUCAAAGGUGGUGGAAGUGGGACUGCAUCAGAAGUUAGGUGGUCGAGGAACCUCUUUUCGGAGCAUGUUUGGGAUGGUCAGUUGUGAAGAUGCUUACUUCAGAGUUUACAGUUAGCCCCGUCAAUAUCAAACAAGUUAUUGUCGGUUUGUGGGCGUUGCGGUCCAUUCUUAGGAACAGCUCGGGGAGCUCGGAGACCUGGGAAAACAAUACCUGUUUGCGAUCUUAGUUCCGUCGACGUAAACAAAUGACAAUGGAAGCUCUGACAUUGUAAUUGUAAGGGAAUAAUUCAAUUUCUGGUUCAAAUGGUUUUCAAACUUGCAC